AAUUGAUUGUCAAAUUAAAAUGGAUUGUUUCAAAUAUCGAAAGGAAAAAUUGUAUCAGCAGACACUCCUCAAUACCAAUGAAUCUCGAUUCAGUGAUAAAGAACUAAAUGUGCUUCGAAAAAGGUAUAAUGGCUUGUAUAUUUAUCUACUUAGAUUCAUCUAAAUGACUAAUGGUUGUAAGUACAUCAACAAGGAAUAAUUUAAAUCAAAUUUGGAUGUAUUGGGAUUGGAAUCCAUAUCGUUACUGGGCGAUGCGUUAUUUUAAGCGAUGGACAUCAAUCUAGAUGGUCUUAUUGAAUUUGAAGAAUUUGUAGCUUACUUUGAUAAAAUAACAUAUGGAACGUAAGAAGAAAAGGCAGAAAUAUCUUUUCGUCUAAUCGAUCAAAGAAGAAAUGGUUACAUCACCUAUAAAGACUUCAACUUUACAAUGUAAUAGUUAAUAAAGUCAUAUAUUAUUAUGAAAGGGACGGAUUUGACAGAUGAUAUUCUUGAUCAUAUAGAAAAAAGAUAGUAGCAAAUAUUCAAUUUAAUAGACAUAAAUAAAGAUUAAAAAAUUUCAUUAUCAGAAUAUAUUACAGCCUUAAUGAGAAAUCCUCAGAUUUUGGAUAUUUUUGAAUUUUUGAGAAAAGGCGUCACUCAAACUAUUAAAGAGAGUUAACACAAGAGAGAUUAGAAGAUGUUAAACUAAUUUGAUUAAUUAAGGGUUCAAACUGCCCAGAUACUAAAUUCUAUUUAGGGGUAAUAAGAUAGAUCUCUACACCUAUCAAAAAAUCUUUCUUAAAAUUCAAAAUAUGGAGUUGAUGUUUUAUUUGAAGAAGCUGAAAUAUCAGAAAAUAUAUCAGAAAUAGAUGAAAUGGCUAUGAUUGAUUAAAUGUCACAUUCUUAAUUAAAACUUAAAUUUAAAGAUAUGUAUUAAUAACUCUAAAAAUUACAUUAAGAUACUGAAAACUCUUUGAAGAAGAUGGAGAGCUUAUAUCAUGAGAAGUUAGAAUGCGAUGAGAUAUAAGAAUAGAUCCUUAUCAAACAAGUGUCCAUAAACAAUAAUAAAUACAAAAAAUCUUCUGUAUAAAUUGGCAAUGAAAUAUGGGACUUAGUUAUUAAUAUGAUGGUAGGUAUAUAAAUGGCAGUCAAAUCUUCAAAUGCUGUAGUUGAAACCUUUAUUUCAACUGCAGAUUUUGAAAUUAAAUAAUGUUUUGAAAUAAUUUCUCAUCAAAACAAAGACAAAUGCAAAUUCUAUGAUUACGCACCUAAGGUCUUUAACUAAAUCAGAAAGUUAUAGAUGAUCGAUAAUGACAACUAUUUAAAUAGUAUUGGCCCAGAAAAUCUUUUAUUUAGUUUUAUGUAGGGUGAUCUCAGCACCUUAACUGAGUUAACUUCCACCGGGAAAAGUGGAAGUUUUUUCUAUUUUUCAUAAGAUGGAUUGUACACAAUUAAAACAAUAUCUGAGAGAGAGUUUCUAUUAUUCAGAAAAAUACUAAGCAAUUACUUCAACUAUUUGAAAAAUUGCCCAAAUUCUCUAAUAAUCAAGCUCUAUGGUUUACAUAAAAUAAGCAUUAGUGGCAGAAAGAUCUUCUUCAUUGUAAUGGGAAAUGUAUUUAAAACUGAAUAUUAAAUCCACAAAAAGUAUGAUAUCAAAGGUAGUACUUAUAAGAGAACUACUCAAUAAAAUCUUGAUCCAGAUGUAGCUCGUAAAGAUUUGGAUUUUAUUGCUAAUAACGAAAUAAUCUCAAUUAACGUAACAAAGCAAUAAGAACUUUUAGAAUAAAUCGAAAAAGAUUCAGAUUUUUUAUCAGAUAAUAAUCUAUUAGAUUACAGUUUAUUAAUAGGAAUUCAUAUUAUAGAGGACAAAAAGGACUUUUAGAAGAUUGCUAAUAUUAAUGACAUAAAUAUUAUAAAAUCUAACGAUGAGACUAAAAUCUACUUUUUCGGGAUAAUAGAUAUACUGACUGAAUUUAAGUAAUUAAUUUUAAUGCUAUGUUUAGUACUUCAAAGUAAAUUGAAUCAUUCUUUAAAAAGAUCUUUUAAGGUCCAUAAAUUUCAGCCAUUCCUCCAAAGGACUAUUCAUCAAGAUUCAAAAAUUUCAUCAGAUAAAUAUUAACUCUACAGAAUUUUAAUGAUUUUUGA